CAUCAAUCCCCGGCACGGUUAUUGGUUUAGGACUAGGACUUGGGAUUAGGAUUCCCACGGUGGUUUUUUUUUGGAGCGAAGUUCUGCUGCUAGCCCUAGAACAGCUUCGAAUCGAUUUCGCCGAAACACUGAGUGAGGACGGAGAGAACUCGAAACGAAGGCAGAGAGGAAAAAAGGGUCUAAAAAUGCCGGAUUACGGGGAAAGAUACGAAGGAAAUGGCGAGGGUUUCAACGAUUACAACUCUUCUCCUCUACAGAGACCCAGUAGCCAUGGAGGUCUCGAUGAUUACAGUGACUCCAAAUCUCAGCAUGGUUCUCGUGACUAUGAAAGGGAGUCCUCAAAAAGUAGGGAGAGGGAAAGAGAAAAAGGAAGGGACAAGGACAGGGAGAGGGAUAGGGAUAGGGACAGGGACAGAGACAGAGACAGAGAUCGGGAACGGGAACGAGACAGAGGUCGUGAUCGUCAUCAUAGAGACCACCACAGAGAACGAAGUGAUAGGAGGGAGCGAGGACGGGAUAGAGAUGAUGAUGAUGAUGACUUUCACCGUAGUCGAGACUAUGAGAGGCGUAGAGAUUAUGAUAAAGAUAGAGAAGGAAGGCACGGGCAUAGGUCUCGAUCUCAGUCCCGGGGUAGAUCUCAUCAUAGAUCAAGAUCUCGAUCCCGUUCACGAUCAAAGAGCAAGCGGAUCAGUGGUUUUGACAUGGCCCCUCCUGCAACUGCAAUGCUGGCAGCUGCUGCUGCAGGUCAGAUGCCUGGGACUACUCCAACCAUUCCUGGAAUGUUUCCAAACAUGUUUCCUUUGCCAGGGCAGUUUGGGGUCCCUGUGAUGCCAGUUCAGGCUAUGACGCAGCAGGCUACAAGGCAUGCUCGGCGGGUGUAUGUUGGGGGCCUUCCUCCUACAGCUAAUGAACAAUCUGUGGCCACCUUCUUCAGUCAGGUAAUGGCUGCAAUUGGAGGGAACACUGCUGGUCCAGGGGAUGCUGUUGUUAAUGUAUACAUCAAUCAUGAAAAGAAGUUUGCUUUUGUAGAGAUGAGAUCAGUUGAGGAGGCCAGUAAUGCAAUGGCUUUAGAUGGUAUCAUUUUUGAGGGAGCACCUGUGAAAGUAAGGAGGCCAAGUGACUAUAACCCCUCUCUUGCUGCAGCACUUGGUCCAAGUCAACCCAACCCCAAUUUGAACCUCGCUGCUGUUGGGCUGACACCUGGUUCUGCUGGUGGGCUUGAGGGUCCUGAUCGCAUCUUUGUCGGUGGGCUCCCCUACUACUUCACGGAAGCACAGAUAAGAGAGCUACUAGAAUCAUUUGGGCCUUUAAGAGGUUUUGAUCUAGUGAAGGACAGGGAAACAGGAAACUCUAAAGGAUAUGCCUUUUGUGUCUACCAGGAUGUCUCAGUUACAGAUAUUGCAUGUGCAGCUCUCAAUGGAAUAAAAAUGGGAGAUAAAACUCUCACUGUUAGGCGUGCAAAUCAGGGUGCUUCCCAGCCGAAACCUGAGCAGGAGAAUGUGUUAUUGCAGGCACAGCAGCAGGUGGCCUUGCAGAAGCUUGUGUUCCAAGCUGCUACACUUCCUACGAAGGUUGUCUGUUUAACACAGGUAGUAAGUGCAGAUGAACUAAAAGAUGACGAGGAGUAUGAAGACAUAAUGGAAGACAUGAGAGGAGAAGGCGGGAAAUAUGGUGCACUGGUGAAUGUUGUAAUUCCACGUCCAAAUCCAAAUGGUGAACCAUCACUUGGAGUUGGGAAGGUGUUCUUGGAGUAUGCCGAUACUGAAGGGUCUUCAAAGGCCAGACAAGGACUCAAUGGUAGGAAAUUUGGUGGAAAUCAGGUUGUGGCAGUCUUCUAUCCAGAGAAUAAGUACCAUCAGGGUGAUUAUGAUGGCUAGUUUGCUCGCUUCGUCGUCAUUGCGCAGCCUCGAAACUCCUCCGUUUCUCGCCUCUUACUGUAACAUAAACAUUCAUGACAUAAACAUGGUAUCUUUAUUUUCAGUGUUUCUUAGUACAGGGACGGGUAAUGUUUUAUUAGCCAAAGUGACUAGUAUACCUUUUUUUUUGAGGGAGGUAACUAAUUUAACUAGUAUACUUAGAGCGGUCGAAUCAGUUAUGUUAAAUUGGUUUAAUUUCCUUCUGGCCCAUUAUACCAUUAACAUUCGAUAUAAUAGUAGUAUUUUAUUAUACA